AUGACUAAUACUAAUAUUAUAUACCUUAACGUUGGAGGACAAAUGUUGAUUCAGUUCGAGAUCCCAUAUGAGAGAUUUUUCGCGUACCCCGAAAGUCUCCUUGCACAACAUAUGGGUGACUUGGUAAAGUUAAAACUCGAGGAAGCCAAAGUUUCGAAAAAGAAGUUAAAUUUUUUUAUUGAUCGGGAUCCUACGCUCUUUUCGCACAUCCAUCAUUAUUAUUUGACGGGUGAAUGCUAUUUUCACGAGAAUGCGGAUCCUGUGAAUGGACAUCAAAUCACUUAUGAUGAAUUGGUCUUGGAAUUCAAGUAUUACCAAUUUCCUGUGGACGCUAUCUCAUUACCAAAACGAUUACAAGUCUCUCAGGAACUCAGCACCAAAGAAUCAGAAGCAAAGAAUGUUCUCACCCAAAAUAAAAUCGCACAACUUCGCGGUGCACACAUCAACUACUUUGUCGAAACUCUUCAAAAAAUAAUCCUCGAAUUGAUCCUUGUCAAAUGCUCUCGAUUCUCCAUGCUUUUUACACACCGUCAGAAUCCGCCCAUUAUCCACUUCUUCAAACUUGCGGAUACGGCCGUCGUCGAAGAAAAAAUAAACGCGAUGUUAGAUCCGUUUGGUUCGUCGGGUGCUACAAUAUUGCAGAUUUAUAGGGCGUUUAUUCAAGAGUAUAUGAAAAAAAAUAUUCCAAUUUUGAGUGAGUGGAAUACGAAUAAUGGGUUUGAUCCGGAGAUUGGUCAGUAUUACGAGAUUGAUUUGCGGAUAAUCAUUACAAAUAUUAACACUGAUAAUGUUUUUUUUGAGACUUCUUUGGAGAAUCGAGCAAUAAUUUAG